GGAACUGAAUCUGCUGCAUCAUUUAGGCCCAACUGAUCAAUACCUGCAGUGUUAAUUAUGGACAGCGAAGAUAAUGUUGAAAUAAGUGCAAGUGAAGAGGAAGGAGAUGAUGAAGAAAAACAUGCCAGGCUUCUGGAUGCUGUGAGCUCCCUUAGUGGUGGAAAAAGCAAGGUGUUACAGAGAUCAGAAGCUUCUCUCACAGUGUCUGAGUUCAGCAUUGGCACUAGUAAAGAUUCAGAAAAGGUGAAACUGCAUGAUCUGGUUGGAUCACUUAGAAACACAACCAAACAUGGGGAUCUGAAGAAGCAACUGAACACUGUUAAUAAGCGAAACAAGGUUCUUCAACAACCACUACCAAAACCUGAACAGGAAAGGAUUCAAAGGACAGUUGCAUAUGAAGAUGCUUCUAAAGAAGUAGCAAAAUGGGACCCUGUGGUAGAGAAGAAUAGAAGAGCUGAUCAACUCAAGUUUCCUCUCCAGCAGCCUAAUCUACGUUUGCACACUACAGAUCAGUUUGUCAAAAGAUUUCAGAUUAUGGACAGCGAAGAUAAUGUUGAAAUAAGUGCAAGUGAAGAGGAAGGAGAUGAUGAAGAAAAACAUGCCAGGCUUCUGGAUGCUGUGAGCUCCCUUAGUGGUGGAAAAAGCAAGGUGUUACAGAGAUCAGGAGCUUCUCUCACAGUGUCUGAGUUCAGCAUUGGCACUAGUAAAGAUUCAGAAAAGGUGAAACUGCAUGAUCUGGUUGGAUCACUUAGAAACACAACCAAACAUGGGGAUCUGAAGAAGCAACUGAACACUGUUAAUAAGCGAAACAAGGUUCUUCAACAACCACUACCAAAACCUGAACAGGAAAGGAUUCAAAGGACAGUUGCAUAUGAAGAUGCUUCUAAAGAAGUAGCAAAAUGGGACCCUGUGGUAGAGAAGAAUAGAAAAGCUGAUCAACUCAAGUUUCCCCUCCAGCAGCCUAAUCUACGUUUACACACUACAGAUCAGUUUGUCAAAAGAUUUCAGCCAAGGACUCCCCUUGAGAAAGAGAUAGCCACCUUGUUGCAUGGAAGUCAGAAUGUAAUGAUGCAAGAGAAAGCUUUGACUGCUGCUGAAGAAAAAGCUCUAAAGGCAAUGAGUCUAGAAGAGGCUAAAACUCGUAGAGCAGAGCUACAAAAAUAUAGAGCUCUGCUGUCUUACAAAGAAGCCAAGUCAAGACGUCAAAACAAGAUAAAGAGUAAGAGAUACCAUCGUAUAAAAAAGAAAGAAAAAAUGAAAGAGGAAAAGAAAGCAUUGGAGGAACUGCAAAAGACUGACCCAGAAGCUUACCUAGAAAAACUCCAAAUGCUAGACAAACAGAGAAUGCAGGAAAGAAUGAGUUUGAAGCACAAAGGAGGCAGCAAGUAUAUGAGGAAUGUGGUACUGUAUGGGAAGCACAAUGAUCAUAGUCGCCAGGCAGUUCAAGACAUGUUGCAGAAAAAUAAAGAAUUAACCAACAAACCAGCUAUAUCUAGUGAAAGUGAUGGCAGCGACACUGAAGAACCUAUGAAUGGCAACACAAGAGCAAUGAGUGAUAAAUCUAGUGCAAAUCCUUGGAUGACCAUGUUGCCAAAACAUCAUUCUGUCUAUAAGAAGCCUGAUGCAGUGGUAAAUUUGGAAGCACAAGUUUUGAUUCAAGAUGAAAAAGGCAAAGAUUCAGACGAUAGCAAUGAUGAAAAAGAAAUCCAGCAACCCACAAAGGAACUUGAAGCUGGAAAAAAGAAAGAAGACAUUGAUGAUGAUGUUGAAUGCGAAGAAGAGGAUGAUGAGAGUGAAAAUGAGAAACUUGAUGAAUUAUUUGAUGUUCUAGAAAGGAAAAAACAGGAGCAAUUGUUGAAGUCUAGUAAAAGACCAAAGGAGAAGAAAUCUAACACAAAUGAACCAUCUGUGAAGAAACCAGAAAAGAAUGCCAAAAAGAGAACACAGGAGAAACAGAGACCAGUAAAAGAUGAUACAUCUGGUAGUGAUAGUGAAGGUAAUGAGGAAGAAGAAGAAGAAGAAGAAAAAGAUGGAGGUGAAAACAGUGACCUAGACUAUGAAAUGGAAGAUAGUGGAGAUGAGCUCAUAACUCAAGUUUUGAAAAGAAAGCGAAAAUAUGAGGACUUUGAAAGAAACAUGUCUGAUGAUGAUGAUGAUAAUCUAAAGACUUUAAAGAAAGAGAGCAAAAAGCACAAGGUAAAAGACAAUGAACAGUCUAGUUCAGCAGAAGGAGAGAUUCAGGUAGACCCAAAAAAGAUUGUCACCGUAGGAAGUAAAUCUGUAUGCCCCUCACAGAUUCCUAACAUAGUAGGUAAUGAGGAAGAUGAAGAAGAUCCAGUGGAAACCCAAAGGAUGACAAUUGCCCAGGCCUUUGCUAGUGAUGAUGUUGUAGAGGAGUUCAACAUGGAGAAGACUCGCCUUGAAGAACGUGACAAACCCAAGGAUAUUGACCUGACAUUGCCAGGUUGGGGAGACUGGGGAGGAACUGGGUUAAAAGUGUCUAGGAAGAAAAAGAAGAGGUUCUUGAUCAAAGCUCCUCCUUUGCCACCAAGAAAGGAUAAAGACAAACAAAAUGUCAUCAUCUCUGAGACCAAGGACAACAGCAUAGCUAAACAUCAGGUAAAUGAUCUGCCUUUUCCGUUCAGUAAUAUUAAACAAUUUGAGAGUGCUAUUCGUGCACCAAUUGGCAAAACAUGGAACCCAGAGACUGCAUACCGAAAGAUGAUUCGUCCCAAAGUUCUGACAAAACUAGGCACUGUGAUUGAACCAAUGGACAAAAGUGAAGUAUUCAAAAAACAGCAAAUGAAGGGAGGAGGGAAGGGUUUACCAGUUGCUCAGAAAAAAGAAAAAACCAGAGGCAGUAAACAAAGUAAAAAAAGGAAACAAAAGACUUAAAAUACAAUUGCCCCAAAAAAAAUAUUGUUUUAGAACAGUUUAGUUGGUAUAAUCAUAACAUUGACUCAUCUUCCAUGUUACAUGGAGUUAUAAACUGAUUACACCAUUGCAACCAUUAUAACCAUUGACCAUGAAAGACAUUUAUAUGAACCACAUGAAUUUUUUUCAUGUGUGUAAUAAUGAUGAAAAAUAUUCCAUUGUUUAAAAAAAGUUUACCCUGCAAAUGCUAUAAAAAUAGAAUAAAAGCAUUUCAUAUUGAGAGCAUAUAAAAUUGUA